AUGUACACCGCAAGUACGGGUGAGGACACGAGGGAUAACGUUGUCCUUCUGCAAACGUUUCGUGCGUGGGUCAUCGCUGAUGACCGCUCGGUGUACAUCAGAGGGAUAUUGGAUGGCGGCAGCCAGAAGACUUUCAUCAGGCAAGACAUCUCCAGGAAAUUGAAGCUGCAAGUGCUGGGAGAAAUAGUUGUACGGCUGAACACGUUCGGUGAUGCCACAGGAUCAGAAACAGCUCACAGACACCGCCUGGUACAAGUACGACUGCGAAGUCAAUACGAUGAGAAGGAAUACCUGCUUGAAGCGGUGGAGAUCCCGUUCCUCUCCAAAGACAUCGUAGCAGCAUCCGUGAACGACAGUUUUGUGGCAGCAGUCAAAGCCGAGGGUGGAUGCAUCGCCGACGAGGUUUUCUUCGCUGGAGUAGAGGCCCAACCUGGAAUCGGGCUAUUGGGACCCAGCCUACUGAAGUCAUCGGUGACUAAGGGUACGAAUGCUCUAACUUGCGUGCUCCACGUUCAAGCCACGACAGAGGGGCAUUGCCUCGACAUCAGGAAGUUAUGGGAGUUGGAGAGCCUCGGGAUCACCGACGACACAAGUGACAAGCGACUUGAAGAUGACGUGACCUUGAGGGACUUCGACAGCACAGUCGAAAAUAAGGAUGGUCGAUACCAGGUCGGCCUACCGUGGAAGGCAGACAGUACUUACCUGGGGGACAACCGCAAGGUAGCGGAGCGCAGACUGGUGAAGAGGCUACGCUCCAACGAGAGUCAACUGCUUGGCUAUGAUGAAGCAAUGAGGAACUACUUGAUCCAAGGCCACGCAGAAGUGGUUUCCGAAGACGAGUGCACUUCCGCAGAACACAUUUACUACAUGCCUCACCAAGCAGUAUUCCGGGAAGAUUCGGCAACGACGAAGCUUAGGGUGGUCUUCGACGCGUCUUCUCACGCACCAGAUACAGCAUCGUUAAACGAGUGUUUGGAGAAAGGCCCGAAGCUUAACGCCGAAUUACUGCCACUACUCUUACGAUUUCGCACGGAACGGGUUGCUAUUGCUGCGGACAUAGCGAAGGCGUUCUUACAAGUCUUGGUGAGAGAGGAAGAUAGGGAUGCGCUGCGCUUCCUCUGGUUCCAGGAAACUCCACCAGUGGAUGGCCCUUUGCCCGAAAUCCAAAUCUGGAGAAUGACUCGUGUACCGUUCGGUACGACUUCAAGUCCGUUUAUUUUAUCGGCAACGAUCCAACAUCAUCUGAAGAAAGUCGAGGGACCCCUUAAAGAAACGGCAGAGAAGCUUAGAGAGUGCUUCUACGUAGACGACUUGCUCACAGGCGCUUCUACCGAAGCAGAAGCCGAACGACUGUACACUGAAGCGAACACCAUCAUGCAGCUGGCUGGGAUGGAUUUAAGAAAGUGGGCGUCAAGUUCAUCAGUUCUCAGCCAACGUUUGCAAGAGCACGACGACAGGUGUCCUGGAGGGUAUUACGCAGCGACGACAGAACUCGGCCUCCUAGGAUUGCUGUGGGACCGAGAGACGGAUCAACUGAAGCUCUCUCGCAACAGCUGGAGCCUCUCCUCAAGAGGGAACACGAAACGCGCGGUACUGAAGGUCUCCGCCACCGUCUUCGACCCGCUCGGCUUCGUCGCACCAUUCACUAUACGAGCAAACAUGCUGUUUCAACGAAUUUGGCAAAUUGGGCUCGACUGGGACGAAGACUUACCGGACGCGAUGGCUGAAGAAUGGGCGUGGUGGAGUGGUGAGCUUCCACAGAUAAAAAGCAUGGCAAUACCACGCUACCUUUGCCAAGGCAUCGGAUACUCGUCCAGUCAGGUCCAGGUGCAUGUGUUCACGGAUGCAAGCCCGGCUGCGUACGGCGCGGUAGCAUACAUGCGGACACAGGAUGACUGCGGGGAAAUUGCGGUAGUCUUCCUUAUGGCGAAGGCACGAGUGUCACCUCUGACAACGUUGACGCUGCCACGUCUGGAACUGAUGGGAGCUUUAAUCGGAUGCAGACUUGCGAAGACCAUUCGUACAUCUCUCACGCAUCUCUCUACUUCUGGACAGAUUCAAGCAUCGUCCUGUGCUGGAUUAGAGGAUCAACACUGCGGUGGAAACAGUUCGUCAGAAACAGAGUUACCGAAAUACAGGCUGAGACGGAUCCAGCAGCAUGGAGGCAUUGCCCCGGGCAGCAAAACCCAGCGGAUCUUCUAA